UAGAUAGAACUAGAAGAAAAGAAAAUAAUAAUACUUGUGGUUGGGGUAGGUUUAAUAAAUGUGCACAGCUCAAAGACAUUGCAUGUGUAUUUGAGUUUAUGAAAUCUAGCAUUUAUUCACCUAACACGUUUAUCUAUUGACUCACAAGGUUAAUUAACUUAUUUACACACUUUUUGUAUAAGUUUUUAUUUACCUAAUAUUAUUAUUUAUAAACUUAAUUAGUUAACCAUAAAGAUUCAACAAUCCAUUUUCAAAUAACAAAGCCUAAUAUCAUUUUUCUUACUUGGUUCGCUUUUCUUUAAGACAUUGUUGAUAUGGUUCACCCAAGCCGACCAUAUCCCACUACUGCUACCAUAUUCCAUCUCGUUUAUCUAAACAUCCUAUAGACUUUUUAUUUUCUGAAACUCUAUUAUUAAAGUUUCUCUAAAGGAUUUUCCACCAAGAGUUGUGUGAAAAGAGAAGUCUCUUAGUUUAUUAUUAUAAAAAAAUAAAAUAUCAGAUUAGAAAACAAUUAAUAGAUUAUUACAUUACUUCGAUUACAAGUUCCACAAAAAUGUACACGCAAAUAAUCUGUAACUAAGAAAAGAUUCGGACAUUUUUGAAGGGAGAAAUGGAAUCAUUCGUUGAUUCCCUCCAAUCCAUUUAUAUUAUUUUAUUUAUUUAUUAUUUAUCUUUUUAUUUAUAUAUAAAAAAAAAGAAACUGAAGACGAAAAUGGCGAUCAGUGUGGAAACCGCCUCUUUCAUAUAUAUUCCUCUUCUCUCCCUCUCUCACACCAAAAGGAAAGAAAAAAAAAAGAAGUUAUUCAAAGAAGCAGAGCCACGUGACUCGUUCUACGCUUGACUCAUCACAUAUCAUUCUUCUGUAAAGCUUCAAUUUUUCAAAAUUAGGGUUAUUGUGUGUAUUUGGGCGUAAGCUCCACCGCAUUGCUAUUUGACAAAAUCAAUUCCGAUUAUUUCGAUUUUGCUCCAAACGGGUUUCGAGAUUUCACCUUGAUUCGUUGCACCCAAUUCACAGGCACAAGGUUUUGUUUGAGCUUUGACCAAGAAACUCAAGAACCACAUGAUAUGGGCCCUGACAAACACUCGACUCGUUUAUUGAAUACCCUCAAAAUGGAGAGGGUCAGAACGAUUCUAACCCAUACUUACCCUUACCCGCAUGAGCAUUCUCGCCAUGCUAUCAUUGCUGUGUUUCUCGGCUGCCUAUUCUUUAUUUCUUCCGAUAACAUGCACACCCUCAUAGAAAAGUUUUCCCUCAAGUGGUGGUCCAUGUACGCAUGCCUGCUCGGAUUCUUCUACUUCUUUUCUUCUCCUUUUAUUGGCAAGACCAUCAGACCAAACUACUCCAACUUCAGUCGGUGGUACAUUGCCUGGAUUUUAGUUGCAGCUUUGUAUCAUCUUCCUAACUUUCUGUCAAUGGGUUUGGAUUUGAGGAUGAAUUUGUCCUUGUUUUUGACUAUUUACAUUUCUUCAAUAGUCUUCCUUGUUGUCUUCCACAUCAUUUUUCUUGCCCUUUGGUACGUUGGUCUUGUUUCUCGCGUGGCUGGAAGACGCCCUGAGAUCUUAACCAUUCUUCAAAACUGCGCUGUUCUUAGCAUGGCCUGCUGCAUCUUUUACAGCCAUUGUGGUAAUCGAGCUAUUCUCAGGCAAAAGCCUCCUGGAAGACAGUAUUCUAGCUUGUUUUCAUUCUGGAAAAGAGAACAUAGGCACAAUACAUGGAUCGCACAAUUAAUUCGUAUGAAUAAGCUGAAAGACCAAGUGUGCUCCUCGUGGUUUGCUCCUGUUGGAUCUGCAAGUGACUAUCCACUGUUAUCCAAAUGGUUCAUUUAUGGAGAGAUUGCGUGCAAUGGUUCGUGUCCUGAUUCAUCUAGCGAAAUUUCUCCCAUAUACUCAUUGUGGGCCACAUUUAUUGGUCUUUACAUUGCCAAUUAUGUAGUGGAGAGAUCAACAGGGUGGGCUCUGACACACCCUCUGUCAGUAGACAAAGUUGAGAAGCUGAAGAAGGAGCAAAUGAAACCAAAUUUCUUAGAUAUGGUUCCUUGGUAUUCAGGAACAUCGGCUGAUUUGUUUAAAACUGUGUUUGACCUCCUCGUAUCAGUAACGGUCUUUCUUGGCCGCUUUGACAUGCGGAUGCUGCAGGCUGCAAUGACCAAAUCUUGUGAUGGAACCAAGAGGGAAGAACUUUUAUAUGACCACCUUGCUAAUAAGGACAAUUUUUGGUUUGAUUUCAUGGCGGACACUGGUGAUGGUGGGAACUCAUCAUACGCUGUAGCGAAACUUCUUGCUCAGCCUACUCUCCAAGUCUCGGUGGAUGGUGAAACUAGACCGUUGCCUCGGGGUAAUGUACUGCUUAUUGGAGGAGAUCUUGCGUACCCCAAUCCAUCAGCGUUUACAUAUGAAAAACGUCUCUUUUGUCCAUUUGAGUAUGCGCUACAGCCUCCCCAUUGGUAUAAAAAUGACUCUAUCGCCGUUGACAAGCCAGAAUUACCUGAGGGAGUGAAAGAUCUAAAGGAUUAUGAUGGUCCCCAAUGUUUUCUCAUCCCUGGAAACCAUGACUGGUUUGACGGACUCAAUACAUUCAUGAGGUAUAUAUGCCAUAAGAGUUGGUUAGGCGGCUGGUUAAUGCCCCAGAAGAAAAGCUAUUUUGCGUUGCAGCUACCUAAGGGAUGGUGGGUGUUUGGUUUGGAUCUUGCACUUCAUGGUGAUAUUGAUGUUGACCAGUUCAAAUUCUUCGCCGAAUUGGUGAAGGAGAAGGUUAAGGAGGAUGAUGCAGUGAUCAUUAUCACGCAUGAACCGAGCUGGCUUCUUGAUUGGUACUGGAGCAGCGAUACAGGGCAGAACGUGAGGCAUCUGAUAUGCGACGUUUUAAACUACAGGUGUAAACUCAGAAUGGCAGGGGAUUUGCAUCAUUAUAUGCGACAUUCAUGUACUCAAUCAGAUGCGCCUGUCCAUGUCCAACAUCUUCUUGUUAAUGGCUGUGGAGGAGCUUUUCUACAUCCCACCCAUGUGUUCAGCAAAUUUUCAAAGUACUAUGGGGCUUCCUAUGCAAGCAAGGCUGCCUACCCUUCUUUUCAUGAUUCUAGCAAGAUUGCUUUGGGGAAUAUUUUGAAGUUCCGGAAAAAGAACUGGCAAUUUGAUUUCAUAGGUGGCAUUAUAUACUUUAUCUUGGUCUUUUCAUUGUUCCCUCAGUGUAAGCUAGCCCACAUCUUACGAGGUGAUUCGUUUUCUGGACACCUGGAGAGUUUCUUAGGAACAGUGUGGAACGCUUUUGUGUAUGUGAUGGAACAAUCAUACGUGUCGUUUACGGGUGUCCUGGUGUUGCUAAUCACUGCAAUCAUAUUUGUGCCCUCAAAGAUAUCUCGGAAGAAAAGAGUGGUAAUCGGAGUUCUCCAUGUUAGUGCUCACCUGAUGGCAGCUCUGAUUCUCAUGUUGAUGUUGGAACUAGGCAUAGAGAUCUGUAUUCAACAUAAUCUACUUGCAAAUUCUGGGUAUCAUACAUUGUAUCAGUGGUACAAAUCAGUGGAAAGCGAGCAUUUUCCGGACCCUACUGGCCUUAGAGCCCGUAUUGAACAAUGGACGUUUGGCCUUUAUCCAGCGUGUAUCAAGUAUCUUAUGUCAGCAUUUGAUGUUCCUGAGGUGAUGGCGGUUACCCGGACCAACAUAUGCAAAGAAGGAAUGGAAUCUCUGUCCCGAAGCGGAGCUGUCAUAUAUUAUGCUUCUGUCUUCCUUUACUUCUGGGUCUUUUCAACACCUGUGGUGUCUUUGGUGUUUGGAAGCUACUUGUAUAUCUGCAUCAACUGGCUCCACAUCCACUUUGAUGAAGCUUUCUCUUCACUCCGCAUUGCCAAUUACAAAUCUUUCACUCGUUUCCACAUCAAAGAGAAUAAAGACAUUGAAGUAUUCACUCUCGCGGUUGACAAGGUGCCAAAAGACUGGAAGCUAGACAAAGAUUGGGAUGCAGAGCCGAAACAGAGUGGGGUGAUGAGCCAUAAGAGAGAGUUUCCAAGUAAAUGGUGUGCAUCAUCAGCGCAACAAGACCCUGUUGCUACCGUGAAAGUAGUUGAUUAUUUCCUUAUUCAUAGAUCACAGAACCAAAACGGAGAAUGUUAG